GGAAAAACAUCAAGGUUGAGGUUUUGAAAGUUCUCUGUUCAAUUUGCCAUAUUGAUCGCUCGGUUUUCAUAGUAGCUGCCGAAUAUAAGAAAACGAGAUAGGCUCCACGUCUCAAUGAUUCUCCCUGAUUCAAGUUGAACCUAACAUCCGGUCUUCCUCCUCUCCGGCCACAAACUAUUGCUGUUGUCGGCGAUGGUCCGUGGUGGGGCAAAGGAAAAGGUGAGAAGACAAAGGGAGGGAUUGGGUGUGGUGUGAUCUUUUGGAUUUUGCUAGAGAGGACACGUGUCAUUGUUUUAAGGGUGGGACAGAGAAGGGAGACAGGCAUAUUCGGACAGGGGAUCCGGAGCCCCUAUUCUCUCAGUUGAGAACAGAAAACCGAACGAAACUCAGUGGGUCGAAUCUCUUCAACAAUUCCGGGUCAAUAUUCUCUUCCCUUCGUCACCAAUUCAAACCAAACCCACGUCAAAACCCUAAUCUUUCACCGAUUUAAGCCCCUAAUUCCAUCACCAGAGCAUACCCAUUUCACAACCAUGAGUUCAAUCCAUCUCUUUCUCAACCGCUCCAUCACCUCUCCGGCGGCGGAGGCGGGUAUUCGCCGCCGCAGAAUUCCAUUCCCCGGGAGAGUGAUCGCGUGCGCCACGGUGGACGUGCGGCCGCCAGGUUCGACUGCGGCGGCCACGGAGGCGGCGGCGGUGAUGGCGGCGGAGGCAAGGGUUCUGGUGGGGACCUACGCGAGGGCUCCGGCGGUGCUGGUGAGUGGCAAGGGAUGUAAGUUGUAUGACGUGGAGGGGAGGGAGUAUUUGGACAUGACGUCUGGGAUCGCGGUGAAUGCGUUGGGGCACGGGGAUCCUGAUUGGGUGAGGGCUGUUACGGAGCAGGCGAAUGUGCUUGCACACGUCAGCAAUGUCUACUAUUCUGUUCCCCAGGUGGAGCUCGCAAAACGUCUAGUGGAUUCUUCUUUUGCGGACCGUGUCUUCUUCUCAAACAGCGGAACAGAAGCAAAUGAAGCUGCUAUUAAGUUUGCGAGAAAAUUCCAAAAGUUUUCAAAUCCGGACGUGAAACAGCCACCUGCAGAGUUUAUUUCAUUUAGUAACAGCUUCCAUGGGAGGACCAUGGGUGCUCUUGCUUUGACUAGCAAAGAGCAGUACAGAACACCUUUUGAACCAGUCAUGCCAGGUGUCACUUUCUUAGAGUAUGGGAAUAUCCAAGCUGCAGUAGAACUGAUUCGAGCCGGAAAGAUUGCUGCAGUAUUUGUGGAACCUAUCCAAGGUGAAGGUGGCAUAUACACUGCCACCAAGGAGUUCUUGCAAGCCCUUCGUAGUGCUUGUGAUGAUGCUGGCUCUCUCCUGGUUUAUGACGAGGUUCAAUGUGGCUUAGGCCGCACUGGCCUCCUCUGGGCAUAUGAAGCCUAUGGUGUAUUCCCAGAUAUUAUGACUCUUGCUAAACCUCUCGCCGGAGGUCUACCCAUUGGUGCCGUAUUACUAACUGAAAAGGUCGCUUCUGCCAUAAAAUACGGAGACCAUGGAAGCACUUUCGCCGGUGGGCCCCUCAUUUGCGCAGCUGCCAUUGCCGUUCUGGAUAAAAUCUCCAAGCCAGUGUUCUUGGCUAGUGUCUCCAAGAAAGGAAAGUAUUUCAAGGAAAUCUUGAUACAGAAACUGGGGGGAAACUCGCACGUGAGAGAAGUACGAGGAACGGGCCUUAUUGUCGGCGUAGAACUCGACGUAUCUGCGUCGGCACUUGUGGAUGCGUGUCGGAAUUCCGGUCUUCUUAUAUUGACGGCGGGCAAAGGAAACGUGGUUAGGCUUGUGCCGCCGUUGGUCAUUUCUGAGGGGGAAUUGGAUCAUGCGGCGGAGAUUUUACUGGAAUGUUUGCCGGUGCUUGAUCAGAGUAACUCAAAUUAGUAGAUGCUUCAACUUUGAAGAAAGAGGUUGCUGAAGGCGUUGACCUCAUGGUUGUGAGGGAGCUUACUGGAG